AUGUUUCAACAGAUCUGGUGGCUGGAUCCAGAACUGACGUAUGGCAAUGCCAAGCCGUUUGUCUUCACGCAGGGCCACUCAGUGUGUAACCGGUCUUUCUUCCCCUGCUUUGACACACCAGCAGUGAAAUGUACCUAUUCAGCUACUGUCAAGGCUCCAGCAGGCAUACAGGUGUUGAUGAGUGCUACCCAAAGUACCUACUUAGAAGAGGAAGGCGUAUAUCAAUUUUACAUGGAAUAUCCAGUUCCUGCCUAUCUAGUGGCCCUGGUGGCAGGAGACCUUAUACAUGCAGACAUAGGUCCAAGGAGCAGAGUGUGGGCAGAGCCUUGUCUGCUGCCAACAGCCAUCAGCAAGCUUUCUGGCAUGGUUGAGCGCUGGCUGACUGCUGCAGAGAGUCUGUAUGGCCCAUAUAUAUGGGGAAGAUAUGACAUUGUUUUUCUUCCUCCAUCCUUCCCUAUUGUUGCCAUGGAAAACCCAUGCCUGACCUUUAUCAUCUCUUCCAUUCUGGAGAGUGAUGAGUUUUUGAUCAUUGACGUCAUUCAUGAAGUUGCCCACAGCUGGUUUGGAAACGCAGUCACCAAUGCUACAUGGGAGGAGAUGUGGCUGAGCGAGGGGCUAGCCACAUAUGCCCAGCGCCGGAUCACCACUGAGACCUAUGGAGCUGCCUUCACAUGUUUGGAGACUGCGUUCCGCCUUGAUGCUCUCCACAGACAGAUGAAGCUCCUUGGAGAAGACAACCCAGUCAGCAAGCUUCAGGUUAAACUGGAGCCAGGUGUAAAUCCUAGUAAUUUAAUGAACCUCUUCACCUAUGAGAAAGGCUACUGCUUUGUUUACUACCUGUCCCAGCUCUGCGGUGACCCAAGACACUUUGACUCCUUCCUAAGAGCCUACAUUGAGAAGUACAAAUUUACCAGCGUUGUGGCUCAAGAUCUCCUGGAUUCCUUUCUGAAUUUUUUUCCAGAGCUGAAAGAGCAAUGUGUUGAGAGCAAAGCAGGACUGGAGUUUGAACGUUGGCUCAAUGCUACAGGACCUCCGUUAGCUGAGCCAGACUUAUCUCAGGGAUCCAGUCUGACCAGACCAGUGGAGUCGCUCUUCAAACUCUGGACCACAGAGCCUCUGGACUCUGCUGCUGCUGCCAGCAGCGUUGACCUCACUAAAUGGAGAACGUUCCAAACUGUCCUUUUCUUGGACAGAUUGCUGGAUGGGUCACCACUGCCACAUGAGGUGAUAAAAAAGCUUUCGGAAUGUUACUCCUCUCAGCUGGACUCCAUGAAUGCAGAAAUCCGUAUCCGCUGGUUGCAGAUUGUAGUCCGAAAUGACUAUUAUCCAGACCUUUACAAAGUCCGUCGCUUCUUGGAAAACCAGAUGUCUCGGAUGUACACGAUUCCACUUUAUGAGGACCUUUGCACUGGCACCCUCAAGUCUUUUGCCUUAGAAAUUUUUUACCAGACCCAAAAUCAGCUGCACCCCAAUUUGCGAAAAACCAUCCAACAGAUCUUAUCACAGGGCUUGAAUCCGCUUCCUGCCAUAGACACUACAGCAGUCACUACAGACACACCAGCGAUGGUGCUUGAGGACAAAGUCUCAGAGGCCACAAACGGUGCCAUUUCACUCAGGGAUGUUAAUGUGUCUGCUUAG